AGUUUUCGACUGAAGAUUUGAUACUUAUGACAUACAUUGAAAUACAUGGUUGCGAAGAGCAAAGGCAAAGGCUUCCUCUUUGAAUCUUGAAUCACACAACUUUAGUUUCCACAUAAUGAAUUUGGAUUCUACUUAUUUCCAUGGACACCGGUGUCCAGUAUUGGAUGAUUAUCUUAGCAUCCACRAGGAGACCAAAGUAACAGAAGCAGUUCUAAGAUCCUGGCUCGAUGGCCAAAAAAGACCCAGAAAUGGACGUCGCCGUAGCAGACGCCGUCCACGAGAAAGGCUGGCUCACGAGUUAGAAGAGCUCAGAGAUAUGGUAGAAGACAGUCUUCUUACCGAGAAGAAUGAACAAUCGUUUCCCGAUCCAGAACAGAUGGCUUUAGACGAAAAAUUGUUGUAUUUUUUGGAAUGGAGGAACCAGCUUCAGAUACUGCAUAGCUCGAUUGGCAGGUCGUUAGACAUAGCAAAACGUUUGCGUGACGUGUACAGCAGAGCAGAAAUCCGAAGUCUACAAGAAAUCCAGGACGACCUUACCGACUAUCUUUACGAAACCGACCACUUACAGCAAAAAGCGCGGGAAAAACUCGAGGAAAUAUGGAAUACACCUCCCCAAACGCGUCGCAGCGGAAAUGACAGCGGUUACCAGUCUCCAAGAGUGAGCACACCUUCGCGUAACCAUGGCAACAAAUAUUUGGCGGGCGUAGUGAAGGAGGCUGAGAAAAUCAAGGCAGAGAGUACAGAGGCAUCGCUGAGGUUGGAGAAUGAGGUAGAGAGGCUGAAGGCUAAAAGCAUUGAUAUGGCCAAGGACCUCGUGGCUCUCAAUAAAGUCAUCGAAUGCCAGAAGAAAGAACUCGUAGAGUUGACAAGAAUGAAAAGAAAUAAUGAAAUGGCCGAGAAAGAACUUGAGUUGGACGAAUAUGCCUACUAAAACUGUGCAAUGAUCUUGAGGGCUUUGUUCAGAGGCCAACUUUGUUUGUGUCAAAAUAUUCACACAAAUACCAACGGUAAAGUGAAGAAUGUGCAACUGACUUCAAGAAUACAAACGCUGAAAUUCCACGGACCUUCGCUGGAACACAUGCAUAUUUGUAUAGGAAAUCGCACGAUCUCUCGAGUACAAUUCGGAAUUUAUAGGUACGAGUGAUGUAUUGAAAGUUUUCUAGAUUAGACAAGCCUUUAGGCGGGUAUCUAUAAAUUCCGAAUUGUACGAGAAGAUUGUGCGAUUUUUUGUUUAUAAUACACUCAACAAAAUUGAGCAACUUAAUUGGGACUCUACAGAGUACAAUUUGGAAUUUAAUUGUACUCCUCUUGUCCAAUCAGAAUCGAGUAAUUUUGUUGAGUGUAUCAUAAUAUGCAAAAUCGAGGUGAACUCUGAACAACGAAGAAUUGGAAACUGGACUAUCAUACUUUACGUAAGAACUAAAGCCUUGUCAUAGGUUUGAAAGAGGCUAUAUUUAAACCAGAUAUUCUUUCUGCGACAGGCGUACUGUUUAGUUAGUUAAUUGUACUUACUUGCUC